UAAAAUAUUGAAACAUAGUAAAGGUUUCACCCUAAAAGCUUUAUAUCCUACAAGCCUUGAAAUACAAGAUGUUCACCCAGCUCUCAAUAUAUUCAAUACAUUUGUAAUAUAUGCAGUAUCAAUGUUUUAUAAAAACAUACAGCACUCCAAAGAGACAGCAAAUUUUUAUUAAAUUUUUUUUUAUUGAUACAUGUGAGUGGCAACAGCGUUCACAGACCGUUCGAAUUAAAUAUAUUUGCAAAUCAAAUUCGCGUUUUUAG